UGAAGAAUCAUCAUGUCUGGCAGAGGGAAAGGAGGCAAAGGACUGGGUAAAGGCGGAGCCAAGCGGCACCGCAAAGUGCUUCGUGAUAAUAUCCAGGGCAUCACCAAACCAGCAAUCCGCCGCCUGGCUCGCCGUGGCGGUGUCAAGAGGAUCUCGGGUUUGAUCUAUGAGGAGACUCGCGGGGUGCUGAAGGUUUUCCUGGAGAAUGUGAUCAGGGAUGCGGUCACCUACACUGAACACGCUAAGCGCAAGACAGUCACUGCCAUGGAUGUGGUGUACGCUCUGAAACGCCAGGGCCGAACUCUCUAUGGUUCUUGUAACUUACGUUGUGGUGAAUCUGUUGAGAAAAUGGCCAGGACCAAGCAGACAGCGCGCAAAUCGACAGGAGGGAAAGCUCCCCGCAAACAGCUGGCUACCAAAGCGGCCCGGAAGAGCGCUCCAGCCACGGGCGGAGUGAAGAAGCCUCAUCGCUACAGACCCGGCACUGUGGCUCUGAGGGAGAUCCGCCGCUACCAGAAAUCCACCGAGCUGCUCAUCCGCAAACUGCCCUUCCAGCGCCUGGUGCGAGAGAUCGCUCAGGACUUCAAGACAGACCUGCGCUUCCAGAGCUCGGCCGUCAUGGCCCUGCAGGAGGCCAGCGAGGCUUACCUGGUGGGGCUCUUUGAGGACACCAACCUAGCCGUUGUAAUUAUCAUGUCUGGCAGAGGGAAAGGAGGCAAAGGACUGGGUAAAGGUGGAGCAAAGCGGCACCGCAAAUUGCUUCGUGAUAAUAUCCAGGGCAUCACCAAACCAGCAAUCCGCCGCCUGGCUCGCCGUGGCAGUGUCAAGCGGAUCUCGGGUUUGAUCUAUGAGGAGACUCGCGGGGUGCGGAAGGUUUUUCUGGAGAAUGUGAUCAGGGAUGCGGUCACCUACACUGAACACGCCAAGCGCAAGUCGGUCACUGCCAUGGAUGUGGUGUACGCUCUGAAACGCCAGGGUCGCACUCUCUAUGGAUUCGGCGGCUGAACAACUCGACCCUUUCUA